AUGGAGGCGGCGGCGGCAGCGGCGGCGGCGAGCGCGGGGGGCGGAGCGGGCGAGCCGCGACCUCCCGGCGGGCGGAGCGGCCGCGCUUCCGCUUCCUGCGGGAUGGAGGCGGCGCGGCGGCCGCCGCUGCUGCUCCCGCUGCUGCUGCCGCUGCUGGCGGCGCUGGGCGCGACGGGGCGCGGUGGCCCCGGGCCCGUCACCUGCGGCUCCGUGGUGAAGCUGCUCAAUGUGCGGCACAACGUGCGGCUGCACUCGCACGAUGUGCGCUACGGCUCCGGCAGUGGGCAGCAGUCGGUGACCGGGGUGUCGGCGGCGGAUGACGGGAACAGCUACUGGCGGGUGCGGGGCCGCACGGCCGCCGUGUGCCAGCGGGGCACGCCGGUGCGCUGCGGGCAGGCCAUCCGCCUCACGCACCUGGGCACCGGCCGCAACCUGCACAGCCACCGCUUCACCUCGCCGCUCUCCGGGAACCAGGAGGUGAGUGCAUUCGGGGAGGCCGGCGAGGGUGACUACCUGGAUGACUGGACAGUGGUGUGCAGUGGGACCUACUGGGUGCGGGACGACGAGGUGCGAUUCCAGCACACCUCCACCGACGUCUUCCUCUCGGUGACCGGGGAGCAGUACGGGCGGCCCAUCCACGGGCAGAAGGAGGUGCACGGCAUGGCCACCUCCAGCCAGAAUAACUACUGGAAGGUGAUGGAGGGCAUCUUCAUGCAGCCCAGCGAGGCCCUCCAAAUGGAGCAGUACCACGCCGAGUUGUGAGGGACAAACAGACUGACGCUGAGCUUCUGGGUGUUGCCCUGCUGUGUUUGGAACUGCUGAGCCUGGGAUGGGAUGGGAUGGCUCCUGUCCCCACCCUGGAACUGACACACACCACUGACAGCAGGGCCCCAGCACAAAGCAGAUCCCAAUGUCCUGAAUUCAAUGUUGAGUAGUUUCCAUUGUCCCAAAUCUGACACUAAACAGGUCCCAGUGUCCAGACCUGACCGAAAACAGCUUCCAACACCCUAAAACCACUACAAAGCAGAUCCCAAUGUCCAGACCUGACCACAACAGAGCCCGACAUCCUAGAUCGGCACAAAGCAGGUCCGAACAUCCCAAAUUAGCACAAAGCCAAGCCAAACAUCCAGAUGUGACCCAAAACAAAUUCACAAACUUACACUCUCUCCCUUUGCAGCCUGCUCUGUCCAAGGACCUGCCCCUUAAAGAACUGCUGUCCCUAGGAGCUGUACCCCUUGCUGUACUCCAAACUGUUCCUCGUGCCCUGCGAGGACCUGGGGCCAUAAAAGUGCUGAACUCUG